CACUGUCUAUUCCCCCAGCUCUCUAUACAAGCUCUCUUCUAGAACGCACACAUAUACUGGCUGGCUGGCUUACUGGCUGGCUGACUGUAUCUCUCAGAGAGAGUAGUGUUGUCUGUGUUUCUGCUGUGGAUUGCUCUGCCAGGGAUGCAGGCCAACAGAGACCCUGUGUUCCUGACGGGAGGUGCCCCCCCCCCCGCAGCUGCCCGUUCCCAUGGAGACCCUGGUCAGGCUGACCAUGCACGACGUCAAGGACAAGAUCUGUGACCCGAGCGUCUUCCUGGGCAGUGCCACCUUCUCCCUGGGGGAGCUGGUGACCCACCAACAGCUCACUCUCAACCUGCGGUCGUCCGAUGGUGUGUCUGUGGCAGGGGCGGUGGUGGUGACCCAUCUGAAGAUGGGAGAGAUGGAGGAGGGAGACAUGGAACACAUCACUGGUGACAUAAAGGGGCAGAAGUGCACCUUGGUGUGUGAGUCUGCAUCUCACGGAACGUCCAACGACAAAGACAGUGGCCCUCUGACUGGUCCUGUGUUUAAGAACCCUGUCUGCAGAGUGUACAGGUUCCAGACUGUGGACAGCAGGUGGAUGCUGGUGAGGGAGCAAAUGGAGGAGUGCACUCUGUCCUUCAGCAUCCCCAAGCAGCUUCUCUCUCUCUGCAUCCAGGAGGACACGAGGAGGAACCAGGCCCUGAGGGACCUGGGGGCUCUGUCCCCUCACUGGGACCACCUGAGGAGGGAGGUGACGGCUCGCUACGACCACAUCACCCACGGUUACCAGGAGACCCUCGCUGAGCUGGACAAGAUCACUGGUCCGUCAUUCAAGCCCAGCUGUAGCAAAACUCAGAAGUACCUGGAGUUCAUCCCCAUCAACCUGCACACCCAGCGGAUGAGAGUCACUUGCCCCCGGAUGACAGCUGGACGUGGUGCUCGGUCAUCCAGGCGGAGAUGUCUGCGGGUGGAAAACAAGGAGAAUCAAGUCUUCAUACUUCAGCCCUUCAGACUGAGCCGACAGAAAACUGCUAGGCUGAGAGUCACAACACACUCGUCCAGAUACAUCUUGGUUCAGUCUGAUGUAUGCUAUGACGUGGUGACCGUGGGUGCCCCCGCAGCCCACUCACAGGGCUUCAAGGCUGGAGGCCUCCGGAGUCUGCUGAGCCGCUACCAUGCCGACAAGAAGAGUACUACACUGCUCCAUAAUAAGCUCAUAUCCUCUCCUCUCUCUCAGACAGAGCAGUUUGUUCAUGCUCUCAAAGAGGAGCUGGUGCAGAGUGCGCUACUGGCUCUGCACGCCGCUAGACCCAGCUACGUGACCCAGCACCAGACUCCACCACGCCAGCACCAGACUCCACCACGCCAGCACCAGACUCCACCACGCCAGCACCACCAAGCUCCACCCAGUCCUGCCCAGACCCAGAGCCCUGUGGGGUCAGGGAGCCCUGUGGGCCCAGGGAGGCCGGGCACGCCAGCAAGUGGGAGUCCGGUGGUGUGUAACAACAUAGCUGGGUCAAAGACUGCCCCUGGAGGCAUGGAUGGAAGACUGCAGCUCACACACCAGGACUCCAUACCCCCUCACCAAGACUCCAUACCCCCUCACCAGGACUCCAUACCCCCUCACCAGGACUCCAUACCCCCUCACCAGGACUCCAUACCCCCACACCAGGACUCCAUACCCCCUCACCAGGACUCCAUACCCCCUCACCAGGACUCCAUACCCCCUCACCAGGAGUACGACGAGGAGGAGUGGGACAGGGUGUGGGCCAGUGUAGCUAAGAGUCUCCAUUGUGUCAUCGCGAUGGUGGACAAGCUCCUUGAACAAGACCAGGACCAGCCAAUUCCUGACCAGAUGCUGGCUGAUGUCAUCACCUCUCACAGCCCCGCAGGGGACUGGUGUGAGCAGCUGCGCCCCCUGGUGGCCAGGCUGCAGCGGAGCGUGGAGGAGGUGGGCCGCAGAGCUGCGGGGGCCUUGAGCUUUGUGCUGCUGCAGGAGGCAGUGAGUAGCGCCCCCCAGGGGCUGCUGCUGCAACAGCGGAGAGACGUCGUGUUCAGCCAGGCGCUGGCCACGCUGGCCUGUGGCUUCGUGAUGAGGCUGUAUGCGGGGGUUGAGGACCAGGCCUUCCUCAGACAGCUCCACCUGGUGGGAGUCCUGGCACAGUUCGAGGGCCUGCUCAGCACCUACAGUGAAGAGGUGGGCAUGCUGGAGGACAUGGAUGUGGGCAUCUCAGACCUCCAGCACGUCACCUUUAAGAUCACCCAGGCCAGGACAGACCAGCCCUGCCACCUGCAGCCGGUCAUCAGCGGGAGACGAGACCACUACACUGUAGAGGUUCCCCUCCCUCAGGGGGCGUUUCAGGCGUUGCCGUGGGAGAUGAGGGAGGGGCAGCCCCUGCAUGUCCACCCUGUCCUCUUCAACGUGGGGAUCAACGAGCAGCAGACCAUUGCUGAGAGGUUUGGCGACAGCUCCUUGCAGGAGAGAAUCAACCAGAGGAACUUUGAGAUUUUAGAUGGUUAUUACAAAUCGCUAAAAGAAAAGGUGCCCACAGAAGAUCUACCACAUUUUGAAACACAGAGCGACUUGAAAGAAUUACUUGAAACCUUGGGCCAGAAUGUAAUUACAAAGAAGAGGAAGAAUGUGGAAAUACUGUGGCUUGCUGGAGCGAUCUGCAGGAGGAUGAACGGCAUCAGGUUCACCAGCUGUAAAAGCGCCAAAGACCGGACCUCAAUGUCUGUGACCCUGGAGCAGUGUUCUCUGCUCCGCGACGAGCACCAGCUCAACAAGGAGUACUUCGUACGAGCUCUCGAUUGCAUGAGGAGCCGCCUGGUGCAGGGAGACGUGGGCCAAUGGGAGGACCCGGAGGCGGGCUCUGUGGCAGAGAACAAGCCGGCGUCUCGUCACUUCUAUCCAAUCGCGUUGUUGCUCGUUAGUUCCCACCUACUGGUGGUGUGGCUCAUCUUAAGUCUGGUUUUUCUGCUCGCAAAAUAUCAAUAAACUGCUGACAAUGCCUUUUCUGUGUGUGCACAAUCUGACUCCUCACAUUAGGUUUGAUUGUUCUGUCCGUCUGUGUCCUUUCUCUCCAUAUUUAUCUGUAUAUCUAUAUACACACACACAUACGUGC